CUGCUGAGGCCUGCGAAUUACAUCAGUCCCUCUAUUCUCGCUUCCUGCGUUUAAAUCUUAUUGUUUUUGAAGUUGUCUUAAAAGAUCUAAUCAAGAAAAUACGAAAUAAUUAAUUCCCUACGUUCUGCAGGACAUUUACCUUUGGUAUUUCGCAGCUGUACUAUUCGUCAUAGUUGGCGAGGAUAGAGAUGUACUUUGUAUCUUUAACAGACGAUUUUCUGUGCAUCUUUCAAGUGAAACGAGGAGUCUUAUUAGAGAAGUCCGUAAAACAACCUCAGCUAUGCUGCAACUUUCAUGUAUGAAAAAAUAUGACGAAUGAAACUCUACAAAUGAGCGAAAAUCCUUGGAACACAAAGGAAUCAGCGUGGGUAAUACUUUUCGUCUCAGUGAUAAUUCUGACGGGUAUUUUAGGAAAUACACUCGUGAUAGUCGUAACAUUGAUCAAUUGUACCCUAAAGACAACAGCUAACGCUUUCAUUGUGAACCUUGCAGUCGCUGACAUCCUCGCCUUGUUUAGCUUUGGCAUCAUGGUAAGUUCAUUAGCUAGAGGUAAAUGGAUUUAUGGUGACACAGCUUGCAAAGUUAACGGAUUUACAAUCAUGACGUUUGGUCUGGCAUCGGCCUUGUCGAUCAGUGCCAUAAGUAUCAAUCGGUAUCUUGUCACUGCCAAUCUUACCGCAUACCAUUCACUAUUUGGAGCAAAGAAUAGGACUCUAUUCCUUCUGGUGGCAUUAUGGAUAUUUGCGGGUACAUUCGGAAGUCUUCCACUUGUAGGGUGGUCAAGGUAUGAGUACUUCCCAGCUCGUGGGUUUUGUUUCUGGUCCUACUCAACGAGCUUUUCUUACACUAUAACGUUCUAUACUCUAGUUGCUCCAUGUUGUUUGGCAGCGGCAUUUUGCUACUGGAAAAUUUACCUCACAAUUCGUCAAAACAAACAAGGUCACAAUCAAAAUCUCUCCCUCUCCUCGCCUAAAGACAGUCAUAAGAUCAAAAGAAGACAGGAAAUGUCUAAUGAACUUAGCGAGAGGAAGAUCACUCUAUCUAUCUGCGUCGUUGUUUUUGUGUACUAUACGACUCUAGCACCGUUUAGUAUUGUCAACCUAAUGGUCGUCUGGAAACCAAGUUACGAGAUAUCUCCUUCAGUGGAUAUUGUAACUACGAUUGUAGCCAUGAUGAACCACGUUAUAAAUGUUUUUAUUUAUGCAACUUUGAAUCGCAAGUAUAGACAGGCAAUCCGGAAUUUAUUCGAAAAAAUCAAGGGGUUUGUUUGGCCGAAUGAGAAUAGAGUUCAGAGCUUCAAUCGAUCGAGAAAGCAGACGCCAAAACAUGACGUGACCUGGUGUUAGUAGGGCGACGACAAUUAAGUAAAAUUGUAAAUGUUGAUAAAUUUUCGUGAUAUUUGUUCGUGUCGUUUUAUUUCUUAUUGUUUGUUUUGAUCAUCUAAUUUUUUUAUUUUUCAUUUCAUUUUCAAUUUGUUUCAUUUCAUUUCAUUUCUUUCUUUCUUUCUUCAGUAAAAAUUUUAUAUUGGGACUUUCGCUUACAUAAUGUUAAACAUAAGAUUCACGCUUACGUUUGCUUUUAGUCAAUGCUUUAAGCGGGUAUGCGGUUAGUCACUGCUUUUAGGGGGUCUGUGGUUGUCAGUUCUUGUUAACAUAGCAAACGAUUCGUGCCAUUCCACGACGGAUUAUACCUUCUGCUGAGAAGCAUAAAAAAUUUAAAAUAUUUGCAACUCACGACAUUUUGUCAGUAGAAUUCCCGACUAUAACUGGAUACAAAAAUUCGGCAAAUUUCUAAAUUUUUAAUAGAGGUUGAAAAAAACCCUUAACAGUUACAAUUAACAGUCACAAUGUUUGAUAUUUUGAAUCAUUAUUUUUGAUAAACGUGCAUAUUUUUGUUGAAUAAUACAUUAAAUACAGGACAUGAAUAAUUAAUGAAUAUAAUCUGUAUACUGAACUUCUUCGAAUCAUUAAAAAAAAGUUUCUCGAUGA